AUGCAUAUUGGAUCUGAUCAUAUUAAAGAGCUAUGGGCUGAUAAAGCUCAUCUACCUCGUUUUGCCCUAGUUGAGGGGUUGUCAAAGUUGUCUGCUUACACCUUAUCCAUUCACGAUGGCAAACGGGGUGCACCAGAAUACUGGCGUGAUUUGGAUCCAUACUGGAGAGGAACAGGGCAACCAAUGCAUCGCUACUUCCAUGAAGAUGGAAGCCAAACUGCUGAUGUUGAUGAUAAGGCAUGGGGAGGCCAUGAAUGCUGUUACUCCAUUGUUACAAGCUUCUUAGCAGAUGGAAGAAUGCGGGAACAUUAUGUAAGAAUCAAUAGUUGGGCACAAUUGUCUAUUUCAAGGAGGCAUGAUUGGGGUUGGGAAAUGUCAAAUCUUUUCUGUUUCUACUCGAGUGUUCCCGAUGCUUAUAAGCCAGGUGGCACUGGUCCCUAUCUUCCUGUUCAUUAA